UUUGUCGUUGAUUUGGUUUUCAAUUUUGUAAUUUUAGGGUUCUGGUUUUAAUAAUCUAGGGUUUGUCCUACCCGCCGCCACUCACCCUUCGCCGGCUACCCUCCGUUCCCCUCAGCCGUCCUUUGUGCAUCGGCCAUCGACCACUAGAUAAUGGUUUUUCCUUUUUGAUUUCAGUUCUCUGUUCUUUCGGUAAUUCUUACUUGCAUUUGUUAUUGAGAAUCAUUAUUGGAAAAGUUAAGUUUUUAAAUUUUUUGGCUUAUUGAAACCUCUAAUGUAAGGACAGAACAUUAUAUUUAAAUGAAGCUACUCUAGUGAAGGGAUUGCCUCACUUUUCUGCGAUUUAUGGAUGAAUUUAAAGGUAAAAGUGUGGUGUACAAAUCAGGAAGCUAGUGUGCUUAAUAUUGACAUGAAGGCAAAUAUAUGUUGUGUCAAGUACAAUCCAGGAUCCAGCUAUCAUAUUGCGGUUGGGUCUGCUGACCAUCAUAUUCAUUACUAUGAUCUGAGGAAUAUAAGCCAGCCCCUUCAUGUGUUUGGUGGGCAUAAGAAAGCGGUUUCAUAUGUCAAAUUCUUAUCAAAUAAUGAGCUUGCUUCGGCUUCAACGGACAGCACAUUGAGGCUGAGGCGAGCUUGUUAAUCUAGUAUAUCACUUAAGCUAACUAAACUCUGAAACUUAUCCUACUUAUGUGUGACUACUCUGUGUUUGUGAUUCUACUUGUAACUCAAUUAUGCUAUAUUGCUAUAUCAUUAUUAAAAGGAACUAGGAUUUUUUGUUAACUUUCACACAACUGGUAGAGUUUAAUCAAUUCCAACAGUGUCUGAUGUGCAGCUGUCCAAGAGCUCUAGUUGCUAUCAAAUCCUCUUUCGUGGGAAAUGUGUUUUCUAGCCUCUUGUAUAUUGAUUAUGAUGACAGGUACAAUU